AUGCUGCCCGCGGCGGUGGCCGUGGCGGUGGCGGUGGCGGUGGCCGUGGCGGUGGCCGUGGCCGUGGCCGUGGCCGUGGCCGUGGCCGUGGCGCGGCCCGCCGCCCCCCCGCUGCGGCACCGCCUGACCCGCUGGGCGCUGCGCCGCGCCGCGGGCUGGUACCGGCGGCGGCUGGAGCUGCUGGGCAGCGAGGUGCGGCCCUGCCAGGAGCGGCGGCUGCGGCGGCUGCUGCCCGCCGGCACGGCCCGCGGCUCGGAGGCUUUCCGGGAGCGACACCCCCUGGAGCAGGGCUGCCCGGAGGGCGCGCCGGGGGGGCAGGGCCCCGCGCUGCGCCCCUGGGCUCUGCUCCGCAGCCGCUGGGGCACCGACCCCCCUCUGCAGGGGUCCCUGCUCUACCUGGACACGCUCCGCGCCGCCUUCCCGCAGGCGCUGGCCGCCCGGGGCACGGCCCUGCUCUCCUGGGCGCCCGGCUGCCCCCGCGCCCCGGCGGGCUGGCCCCUGCCCACCCUGUACUGCACCCCGGCCGAGGCGGGCUCCCUGCCCUCGCGGGCCGCCGCGCUGCGGGUGCAGCUGCUCUUCGCCCUGCGGGAGCGUGCCUUGCACGUGCUGGAGGCCGGGCUGGCCGCCGAGCUGCACGACGCGCUGGCGGCCCUGCGCACCGGCUGGCCCGGGCUGGCUCAGGACCUGGCGCUGGGCAGGCUGAGCCCCCAGCCCGGCUUGCCCGAGGACGCGCGGGGCCGGCUGCAGGCGCUGCUGGCCCCUGACGCCGCCCGGGCGGCCGAGCUCCAGGCUGAGUGCGCCCGCGGCUUCGAGGGCAUCGUGCAGCGCCUGUGGCCGCAGCUGGAGGUGGUGGUGGUGGGGACGGCGCACGGCGCAGAGCAGCUGUACUGCAACGCCCUCCGCCAGGCUGACUGCAAGGGGCUGCCAUUCUACUGCCCCUUCUACCGGGCGGCGGGAGCCCUGCUCGGCGUGAACCUGUGGCCAGAGGAGCCAGCGCCCCGAUUCCUGCUGUGCCCCGACUGGGCUUUCUACGAGUUCCUGCCCUGCCCGGCCGAGGAGGAGCCGCGGACGGUGCUGCUGGGCGAGCUCUGGGAGGGACGCGAGUACGGGCUGGUCCUGACCGCCCGGCCUGGAGAGUACAGGUGCUGUGCCGGGGAGGUGCUGAGGGUGGCCGGCUUCCACAAACAGUGUCCCGUGGUGGAGCCUGUGCGCAGGGAGAGCCAGGCCCUGAGUGUGCGGGGCGAAAGCAUCCCCGAGGACCGGUUCUGCCGCAGCCUGUGCCGCGCCGUGGGCAUGUGGCCGGGUGCUCGCCUGGUCGACUACAUCUGCGUGGAGAGUGCCCUGCUGGGCGCCUCUUCGGGGGCCUGUGCCCCCCACUACCAGGUAUUCGUGGAGCUGCGGGGUCUGCGGGACCUGUCAGAGGGGCAGCGCUAUAAGCUGGACCAGUGUCUCCAGGAGGAUUUCCCCAUCUAUAAGUCCUUCCGCUUCAAGGGCAGCAUCGGGCCCCUGCGCCUGCACCUGGUGGGGGCUGGGGCCUUCGCCCGGCUGCGGGAGGCGCUGGGCUCCCCCGUCCCCAUGCCCAGGGUCCUGCGGGAGGAGCGGCUGCUGCAGCUCAUCCAGAGCACCGUCGUCUCCUAGGGCAGCCCGGGGAUGCCGCAGCCCUCCUGCCCCUGGGGUUCGCCCGGCGUGCGCCCUACGGGGAGGGAGCAGGGCCGAGUCCUUGGCAUGGGGCCGAGUCCCAGCCCCGGAGGGUUUGGCUGAGUGUAGUGGAUGGAGCCAGCAAGCUCGACCGUGCCCCUGCUCCGCAGUGGCAGCAGCCGCUGGGCACUGGUUGGCACCCCACUUGGUGCUGCCCGCAGGACCUGCAGCACACCCCAGCCCUCCUCCUGGCCCUGGGCAGUCACCAGCAGACCUGGCCCUUCGCGUGGCUGUUCUGGGUGCAGGGUGGGACUGCGGGUGCUUGUGAGCAUCACAGGGCAGCCGGGUCCUGCUGCCAGCAGCCAUGACUUGCCCCGCUCUGCUCAGUGCCUUGGCAGUCCCCACGGGCAGCCGCAGCGGAGCAGGUACUCGUGCCUUUCCCGAGGGAUGCCUCGGCCAUCACAGCCUGUGGCCGGUGCGGGGGGGGACAGCGGAAACCUCCCCAGGAGCCACGAGGAGCAGCAGAGCCUCAGACCUGCGCAGGAGCUCAGCUCAUCCCUGCGCUGAGCUCCGGGGCCCUGUGGCAUUUUGUCCCUUGGCAGGGACACUGCAGGCAGGGUGCGGGGUGGCCGGUGGUGGCAGGUGCCGGCUGCCACGGAGCAGCCCCUCCGCUGGGCUCCGGUGCACGUCUGCUGGUUUAGGAAACAAUAAGCUCCAGCAAGGGCUGCUUUUAAUGUUUAUAAAUCCAGAAGCAAAAUAAAGAAGGAUUAUCUCUCAAAAAUAAAUAAAGGGUAGCACUCUGGGAUUGAUUUUUUUAU